UAUUUAUUAAUAAACAUCCUUUUCACGUCCUAAAAACGUCCAGUUUUGGUCCGGCGGGGCCUUAAAUCAGACGUUUUUAGGACAUCCAUAAAAGUAACAUUGGACGUUUUUAAAACGUCCUAAAGAUGUUCAUGGAUCUAAAAUGGACGUUUUUGUAUACGUGCGUAACGUCCAAUAUGUACGUUUUUAAUACGUCCUUAAAACGUUUUUGUGCUGUCUGGGAAGGUGCAUGCACAUCUUUCUACAAGUAUCUUGAAGAAACAAAAAACUUAGCAGAGCGUGGUUUCGAUCCACGGACCUCUGAGGCUCCACCUACUACAUAAUAAAAAAUAAUAUCGAGGAAAAAAGACGGCUCGCCGGGAAGUGAACCCGGCUCGCAUAUGUAGAGGCCGCGCGCGCGGUGAUGCGAGGGGAGAGAGAGGAGUAAUCGAGGCUGUCUGCGGUCAUCUAUCGCCGCAAACAUCUCGAUAUGAACGGUAUAAAUUUAGUGUCAAGCAUACGAGAUUUAGUAGUAUUAUUACUCAUCGCCGCAAUUUUCCCGAUUUGUACGUUAUAUCGAUACGUUUACGCAAUAUCCUUGCGAUUAGUCAUCUGUCUGCGGUCAUCUAUCGCCGCAAACAUCUCUCGAUUUGAACGGUAUAAAUUUAUUGUCAAGCAUACGAGAUGUCCGGAAGCGCUCAAGGUGAUUUUCAGUUUCCCCGCACGGGUUUUCCGUGUAAGUGCGUCAAGUUCCUCAUCCCGCAUCCCGCGGGCGACGAAAGUUGAAUAAAAAGCGCGAGCGAUCGGGCGUUGGUCGCAUCGCGUAUCGCGUCUAACGAAGAGGUCUGUUAUGAGCGGGUGUAAUAAGAGAGAAAGUACCGACGAAGAGGAGGAUUUAUAUUGCUACGAGACGGUAUCCUCGAGCACGUCGAUAUACGAUAGUGAUGUGGAGGAUGAUGAAAAGCUGUUUGAAAAAAAUAUGCCGUAUUUGAUUGUGUGGUGAAGGAAGAUGCGCGAUGGAAUGUGGCGAGUUAUCAUACGAGGAGGGAAAUCGGCGCCAAUUGUUCGCGCGAAAAGCUAUGGAUAGAGACAACGAUGUGGUUCAAACUAAGCGAGGAACGUGGAUUAUGGCUGAAAAAACCGAAGCGAGCGAGCUGAUCGAGAACGCGGCGAAUGUCGUCGACGAGGACGAUUAUCACGCGUGGGAUCGUCGAUGCGAGGAGUGUUUGGAAUCGUUGAGGCAAGAGUGUCGAAGGUGUCCAAAUACUACCGGAACGGACAAUUUCCUUGUCGCUUUGAUCGCGCGUUUAGAGGGAGCGAGGACCGAACUGCGAGGUCGCGUAGUUCGCGCGGGUGCCGGUCACGAUGAAUUCAGAUGGGUGGAGAUCGAGACUACUUUUCAGAGACGGGUAUUCACUGGUGCGGUAAUCAAUUGCCGUUACAUCGAGCCUAGAGAAUUUCUCGAGGACGUCGGAGACACGGUGAUGGAGAAGGUACGCGAGAAUUUGGACAGACACACCUGUGUGAAAGUCAACACGAUUUUCAAUGGGAAAUUGCGUUCGAAAAGACCGCUGUAAAGAGCAUCGUCACGAAAAAUCGACAGCUGUUUCUCACCACAGAUCUGUCCGAAUGG